UCUUUUCAACCAAUGAAAUCGUUAUUAUUUAGAAGACUGACCAGCCUUCUGCUUUUAGCCAAUCAGAUUACCAAAAAUCCGUAACUGUAGCCAAUGGGAAAUGAAAUGAAACUGCGCGGUGUUGUCAAGCUGUUUCCUCAUACGGGGAAAUAUUGUCAAAGGCUGCAACACAACUAAACCAGUUAUUAUUAAAUAUAUACAGAUUUGUAUUAACGCUGCAGCAAUACAGAAUUGGUAUAAUAUAGCAUAUCAUUUAUAUGUUGUGUAAUUGUUGAGGUACAUUUUGUAGUGAAAUUAUGUCAAGAAGGCAAACUCGCAGUCAAAAUGCGGUGUCGCAAGUUGCAUGUGACAUCGCCGGCAUCGAACCUAAAUCAGCAGGUGAUCGUAAGCGCAAGGUCAAAGAUGAAGAGGAGGAGGAGGAGGUGAAGCCCGGCCCAGCGCUGCAGGAGGAAGAUGACUCAGAGCCGCAACUGCGCUGGGAGUGGGAAGGGGAUGAGGCAGGGGAGUGGACAGUGUACUCUGAUCAGCUGAACACUGCCAUCACUGAAGCCUUCCAGGCUGGUAAAUCGUCAGUGACAGUGUCUCCCAGCACAGAGGUCAAACUCAAAGUAGAUGUGAAGAAGUCAACCCAGCAGAACACACAGACCGGCUAUGAAAGAAGAGUCCGACUCGCCAUACAGGACAAAAGGAAAUAUUUCUCCUGGCAGUGGCAAGGUGAUGACAGUAGCUGGACUCCCUUCUCCCCAGCCCUCUCCCUCUCUCUGGAGGAAGCCCUGCAGAGGGAUGAGGAGAAGCUGCCGGUGACACUGGGCAGGACCGGCUACACUGUGGACCUAGUGAAGAUGGUGCAGAUCAACAACAAAACCAAAUACCAGAGGAAGAUCCAGAGAGAGGAGUCAGUGGCAGCCGUGUCUGUGAGUGGCAGUGGAGACUCGGCCACAGCGAGACCCAGCACAAAGACAGAGGAGGAGGAGGAGGAGGCUAGAGGGGGGCCUUCAGUGAAGAGACCAAAGAAGCAGACUACAGCACGAGGCAGCAGGAAGAACCAGCAACAAACCUCCUCCACUCCAGAAGAUGCCACCAACAGCAAAGAGGUGGUCAGAACCGUGGUGAUGAAAGGGAAAGCUCCAGUGGAUCCUGAAUGUAAAGCCAAGCUGGGGAAGGCCCACGUCUACUGUGAGGGAGAAGAUGUCUAUGAUGUGAUGAUGAACCAGACGAACCUGCAGUUCAAUAAUAACAAGUACUACCUUAUUCAACUUCUGCAAGACGACAACAAAAAAGACUUCAGUGUGUGGAUGAGGUGGGGCAGAGUGGGUAAAGUUGGACAGAACUCUUUAACAGCCUGUGGAGGAGACCUGCUGAAAGCCAAGGACAUCUUCAAAAAGAAGUUUCUAGACAAGACAAAGAAUGAAUGGGAUGAAAGAGCUCAGUUUGAGAAGGUGGCAGGAAAAUAUGAUAUCGUCCAGAUGGACUACAGCACUAAGGAGGAUGACGAAGUGAAGAAGGAGUGUAAAGCCCAGAAGCAUGAGGAAUCCAAGCUGGACAAACGAGUCCAGUCUCUCAUUGAACUCAUCUCCAAUAUCCAGGCGAUGGAGGAGUGCAUUCUGGAGAUGAAGUUCGACACCAAGAAAGCUCCUCUGGGUAAGCUGACAGUGGAGCAGAUCAAGGCUGGCUACCAGUCUCUAAAGAAGGUUGAGGAUUGUAUCAACAGCAACACCAUGGGCAGAGCUCUGCUGGAAGCCUGCAAUGAGUUCUACACACGGGUCCCUCACGACUUUGGACUGAGGACCCCUCCUCUGAUCAGAACAGAACAAGAACUGAAGGACAAGAUCACCUUACUGGAGGCACUGAGCGAUAUUGAAAUCGUGAUCAAGAUGGUGAAGUCGAGUCUGGACAGCACUGAACACCCACUGGACAAGCAGUACAGCUCCCUGCAUUGUGAUCUCUCACCCCUGGAGCACAGCACACAGGAGUUCCAGAUACUAGAAAAGUACUUGCAGUCCACCCAUGCCUCGACUCACAGUGAAUACACCAUGAGCUUACUGGAUGUCUUCAGCAUUGAAAAGGAGGGGGAGAGUGAAGUUUUCCGUCAUGAUAUUAACAACAGAAUGCUGCUGUGGCAUGGCUCCCGGCUGUCAAAUUGGGUGGGAAUCCUGAACAAGGGGCUAAGAGUGGCCCCUCCAGAGGCCCCUGUAACAGGAUACAUGUUUGGUAAGGGAAUCUACUUUGCCGACAUGUCGUCAAAAAGUGCCAACUACUGCUUUGCUUCAAGACAGAAGAACGUGGGACUGCUACUUCUCAGUGAGGUAGCUCUAGGCCAUUGCAAUGAGUUGCUGGCUGCAGACUAUGAUGCUGAUAAACUCCUCAAUGGCAAACACAGCACCAAAGGACUGGGGAAGAUGGCACCAAACCCAGCCAACUCUAUCAUGCUGGAUGGAGCCUCCGUUCCAAUGGGCCCUGUCUGCUCUACGGGUGUGAAUAACCCUGAAGGCUACACUCUGCUUUAUAAUGAGUAUAUUGUAUAUAACCCAGCACAGGUCCGCAUGAAAUACCUGCUCAAAGUGCAGUUCAACUUUGAAUCACUGUGGUGAGCAUUCUACUGAAAUGACCCUCAGUCAAGGACUAUUACAUAUGUCCCUCUAAGUUUCAGUUUCUGUAGUUUUAUAUAUUAUACAGUGGCACCAAAACAUAAUUCGGACAGUCCCCCUACAUUUUAAUUUCAGUAGUUUUACAUCUUUGUAGUAAACCCUGAUGUUGAUGUGACACAGCCAUCUGAAAUUCCUUUAUAUGCUUGAAAUGGCAUGUAAUAAUGUCACAUUAAAAGUAGAUAUACUGUUUAAUUUAUUAUACUUCACAAACUGUAUUGUUAUUAUAAACGGACAGUAGACUUCUUAAUUAUAAUAGUGUUUUGUUAUCACAGUAAGACUUUUGAACUUUAACUUGCUUAUGGUUAUUGUUUUAAAAGUUAAAAAAAAUAUUUUACUGCAUUUUUCUUAAAUCUUAUCUCAUAUAUUUGUUACUAUUAUUUUGUAGGUGUCAUAUUUUUCUAUAUGAAUAACACACAGACUAUGCUAAAGGUGAAUUUGAUUUUUAAUGGCAAUUUUAUUUGAAGCUAUUAUUGAAGAAUAUUUAUCGAACGCUUCUUGCAGAUACUUCAGUGCUUCGUUUCCUAUCCACUUCAUAAAAUCACACGAAGGAAUUAACAUUGAAAACACGUCCAUCACAGGAAAAGCAAUGAUUGGUGCUCAAAUACCAAUGCGAUGAACUUCAGGGAGUUCAAAAAAAAAAUAUAUAUAUAUAUAUAUAUUAAAUAUAUAUAAUUUUUUUUUUUUUUUUUUCCUCGAAAUAUACUUUUAAAAGAAUUAAUAUACUCAGGAAAUACGCUCAGGAAGAGGCAUUGGCUAAAAAAAAAAAAAAAAAGACAUUUUCAGACUUGUUUUCCUUCAAGGACUCAAACUCCCAGAAGCAGCUCUCCUGUGUCGGUUCCUUCAACAGGAAGUGCAGCAUGGAAAAGAGUUCUUACAAGUGCUAGGAAAAAUCUAACACGUGUUUAACACGUGGGUGUCUCUUUCAUAUAGGAAAAUGUGAGAUCUACAAAGUGAUGGUACAGACUAGAUAAGAUGGGCUGGAAUUAUUGUGUAAGCUCUGUUUACAUUAAUAACCUAUUGUCCAUUUUUGGCGCUGGGUUGUACAUGGGUUUUUCAUGUUUUGAAUAUUCUCUCCAUACUUCAAUGAAUAUUCUUUAAUUUUGGAUUUGCUAGAAAACAAAAGUGUGAUUCAUACCAUAUUACAGUAAAAUAAACCUGGCACCCUAUCGCCUAUUAAAGAAAGGAGAGCAUCACUCGUCUGUACACUAGAAUGUGUGUUAUAAAUUGCAGUUAUGCAUUGGUUUCCUUUUGAAUCUUUUUGAUAGUCAGCUAUUACAGUUGCACACCCCCUAUUGGUCAUUUUAUGAAACUUUUUUUUAGAAAGUAAAAUGUCAGGCUUUGUUAGCUGCGAUUACUUCAAAUAUUAAUAAAAUGUAGAUGAAAUAUCUUGUCACUGCAAUGAAAUGUGUGUGUUCUGUGUAGUUUAAACUUUCUUUUUGUUAAGAUACACUUUUUGAAAAAUAAACGUAUCCUUGUUUAAA